AACAGGACCGAGAUGCAAACACAGAUGCAGAAAGGGUGAAAGAUCUGAAAAUCUUAGACUUAGACGCAGCUGACAAGUGGGUGGAGGAAGGUAUCAAUAAGAUCGGCCAUCACUUGCCUGAACACUCAGAGGCAAGUCUACUACAACUACGUCGUGAUCUCAGGCGUUUGCGCCGAGAAACACACGAUAGACUGAUACUAGAAGCCAAAUCUCAGAAAGUAAUGAUGAACUUUUUUCCUAGCAUACCUCGUAAGAAAGGCGACGACACAGUUAUGGAGAUUGAGACACAGAAUGAAUAA